UACUCGUUCCUAUAUAACCACAAAAUUCAAACAAUGUACAUACACACAUAUGUCUACAUCAUACAAUAUACCAAUCAACACGAAUUUCAAACAAUCUACAUACACACACAUAUCUAUAUUACACAAUAUACCAAUCAACACAAAAUUAAACAUUCACAUUCCAUAUAUUAUUAUUAUUAUCCACAAAAUAGUACUAUAAUAAAUGUAAACAAAACAAUUCUAUGCAAUAAAUUAAAAUUAACAGCACUUCAUAAAUUAAUAAAACUAUAUUUUAAUCAGCCUAAACUAAAUGAACAUCAUCAUUUAAUAAAAUCAGUGCCUAUAAUCUUGAUAAAUGGGUGACCUCAUUCAAAAUAUACAAGAAAUAGACAACUUAAAUAUAG